UCUGAGGUCUGACGUACCAAACAGACUGGGUGUGAACUAUCUUGACUAAGAGAAUUAAUCUUUGACUGGUUAAGAAUCGCCUUUAAAACCUGAGAGCGGCUCAUCCUGCGGAAGGAGGCGAGAAGAAACCUGUUGUGCGGCACCAAGGAAGAAAGAUGGCUUCGAAAUUCUACAACCUCACGGCCAAGCUGUUGUCCGGGGAAAGUUUUAGUUUCUCAUCUCUGAAGGGCAAAGUCGUCCUGAUUGAGAAUGUGGCGUCUCUCUGAGGUACGACGACCAGGGAUUACACCCAGAUGAACGAGCUCCACGCGCGCUACGGCAGCCAGGGGCUCGUGAUCCUGGGAGUGCCCUGCAACCAGUUCGGCCAUCAGGAGAACUGCAAGAAUGAGGAAAUCCGAAUGUCUCUCAAGUACGUCCGUCCUGGAAAUGGCUUCGAACCGAACUUCCAGCUCCUGGAGAAGGUGGAUGUGAAUGGGAAAGAUGCCCACCCCCUGUUUGUGUUCCUGAGGGAACAGCUCCCCUCCCCCAGCGACGACCCCGUCUCCCUGAUGAACGACCCCAAGUUGAUCAUGUGGAGCCCGGUGUGCAGGAACGACGUGGCCUGGAACUUCGAGAAGUUCCUGAUCGGGCCCGACGGGGUGCCCUUCAAACGUUACAGCAGGAGGUUCCUCACCAGCGACAUCGAGGGAGACAUCAAAAAGCUCCUCCAGCAGGCCAACUAGCAAGUCCUCAGAAGGUCAGCAUCCUGCAGCCCCCGCUUGCACCAGGCGGGGGAACGCCACGGCGCUCUGCUCAUCCCGUCCACUGCCUCUGAGGACGGCCUGUGGUGCUCCCACAUCCCCCGUGCUCUCCUGUGUGUGAUGACUGUGCUGCGCUCUUUUACUACAUGAAGACAUCCUCUGAAACCAAGCCGUGAGGAGGGUGUCCGACAAAAUGUAAAAAGCCCAGCGGUUUGAGGCCAUCACCCGCAUGUACAGCACGGCUGUGUAUGUCGGGCCCCAAUAAAUGCUUUUUUCAUUUCUUUUUUUUAAUUCAAAAUGUCUGGUUGAAUGUCUCAGGGAUGGGUUUUUGAUGGGUUGCUUAUCUGGCCUAAACACAACUGCAGCAUGGGACCGGUUCCACAGAAGCUCAGAGAUAAGGCCCGUCUUUAAACCAACUUCUAUCCGGCCUAUGAGUAUUUCCUUACAUGUUACCUGUCUGGAGAUGGCCAAAUUCAUGACUAAUGCAUAGUGAAUGAUGAUAUGAGCUGCACCCAGCGUUUUACUUCCUGCAGCUUACCCUAAAUCUAAACCCAGACACAGAUCAUUACGCAGCCAGUCAGCAACUGUGGGCUGUAAUUACACUUGCAUCACCUGCUAGUAGGAGGAAAUUUUGCAGAACAUGGACGGCAUUUAGUUGACUCUGACUGAAGCGUCUGCCACGCAGUUAAAUCCAAACAAAGAACCUCAACGUUUCAAGCUUUCCUUGCACUUAAAAUCUCAAUUUCUGAAUAUAUAUAUUUUUUAAUAUAGAAAAACAAAGCCAUAUUGAAAAAAUCCCAAACCCG